AUGGCCAGCGUGCACCCGGAAACGGUGCACAAACCGUUCACUCAAACGGGGACACCGAUGGUGUACGACGAAGCACACCGAGGCAUGGUUGAAUCUACAGUGCAGCUGCUCGAGACUUGGCAGAAGUCGUUCUUCACGCACUCCGAAGAAAACGACGCCAGCGACCACCAGUACCUGGAGAUCGGCUGCGGUCCGGGCAACAUCGCUCGCAACCACCUGCUGCCCCUGUGUCCUCCGAGCUUGAAGAGGCUCGUCGGUACGGACAUCUCGGAAGCUAUGGUGAACUAUGCCAGGACGGCGCACGCCCACCCGAAGGUCGAUUACCGAGUGCUGGACGUCACCGCAGACGAGGACGUGUCCCGGUUCAUCGCCGAGGAAGGCCGAUUUCAGAGGGUGUACUCCUUCCUCGUGCUUCACUGUAUACACGACAAGGCCGCCGCGUUGAAGAACAUCGAGCGCCUGAUGACGCCUGGUGGCGAGUGCCUCGUCAUAUACAACCCAUACUUGAAGUGGGGAGAGUUCCAGCGGGCGCUACUGGAAAGCGACUCGUGGGAAAAAUACCACGGCGUGGUCUGGCGCGCAAUGCCCGUGUUCCACGAAUCCAACGACCCUGUUUCCUUGAGAAAGAGCUUUUUCGAUCUCGUCGAGCUGACUGGGCUCGUGCCGCUGACCUGCGAGCUGGUUCGAAUCAAUGUGAAAAGCGCCAACGUCGAUGACCUUGCACGAUUGUUCGCAACUGCCAAUCCGAUUUAUCCUCUGCUGACGGAAGAAGAAAAACCAAUGUUGCUCGACUUCGCCAAGAAUUUUCUGCUGGAAGGAGGCUGUUCCAGCUUCUCGCCCACAGGGUCAACGCAGGAGCUCAGAUUUGUUUUUCACGGAUACAAACCGUAG